AUGAUCUUUUUUCUUUCAUUCUUUCUUUCUUUCUUUCUUUCUUCUUCGUCACCAAUACUUCUUUUUACCAUUUACGUUCUUUUUCUUAUCAUCAUCAUCAUCUUUAGUUAUUUUCAUUCUUUCUGUUUUUCAUUCAUCCUUUUUUCCUUCUUCUUCUUCUUCGUCAGUAAUCCCAUUUUUCUCUUUUCUUUGUUUUUCCUUUUACUUUCUUUUCCACGUCAUCCUCUUCAUCAUCAUAAUCAUCAUUAUUAUAAUAAAAUUUCUGUUUUCAUUCUUUCUUUCAUUCUUUUUUCUCUCUUUUUCUUCCUCGCCAAUUUCCUUCCUUCUUUCUUUCUUUCUUUCUUACUUUCUUUCUUCUUCUUCUUCAGUAAUCAUAAUUUCUUCUCUUUUACUUUUUAUCUUCUUUCACCUCCUUUGAUCAUUAUUAUUAUAAAAUUUAUUUGUUUCCUUCUUGUCUUUUUUAUUCGUUUCUUCCUUCAUUCUCUCUUUCUUUCUUUCGUUCUUUUCGUUGUCCCCAUAUUUUUGUCUCCUUUUCGGCGACUCCUAUCCUUUACUUGCCCUCCUGAACCAUCCCACCUGAACUCCUCCACUCAAACUACAAAGUCUUUUAAUCGAAAUCAACUUUCGUUACUUCUAUUCACGGAAUCCCUUCGACCUGUCUUACAUUUUUACUUUGAUUUUCUCUUCCUUUCAGAACUCUGCUUCUAG